AUGGAUAUACUAAUUUUAAAUGACUACUGCCUCGAAGAAAUUUUUAAAUAUAUCAGCGUUGAAGAACAAAUUUCAAACACUUCAGUUUGUAUUAGAUUUAAAAAUAUUAUAGAAGGAUUGUGGCGCCGAAACACAAAAAAAACUACAAUUCGAUGCGAUAAAUUUAGUGAUACACAAAUUGAUUCUUAUUUUUCCCAAAUACAUCAUAACUUGGAAGAAGCUGAAUUCAAUUUAUUAAGUGAAUCAAAUAUUGAAACGCUAAAAAAGUUUGUUUAUCCCAAAGUGACAGAAUUAACAUGUAGCACCUCACAUAAGAAAAGAGGGGAAUCGGAUGAAGUGACAAUGAUGAUAACAAAGAGCUUCCCAAAUUUAACUAAACUUUGUUUAGAAAGUCGUAUAACAGGAAAAUAUAUUGGUUCUCUCACGAAUUUAGAGGACUUAGAUUUGAGUUGCUGCGAGUACUUGCAUACAAGCCAUCUUUCAUCAGUUUUCUCUAAAUCAAAACUAAAAAAAUUAACAAUCUUAUUUUAUGGUUACAGUACCACAUUGGAUUUAAAUCUAAGAGAAAUGAAAAAAUGUACUAAAUUAGAAGAAUUAACAAUGGAUGAUCAUCAUUUAAUCAUGUUUAUGGAUAUUCUACUAAGUUUUAUAAAUUUAAGAAAACUGUCUUGUUAUACUAGAGACUACACUGAAUAUCUGCUAUCAAAGUUAGCGGAUUAUUUCACAAACAAAAUCAAAGCAGUUUAUAUUAAUAAUUGUUUUUGGGGCAGAAAUACGAUUGUGUCUUCACUUCGAGAAAUGGUUAACUUGGAGAAACUUUAUCUGUUUGAUGAUGAUUUGGAAGAUAGUAAUAUGGAAAAUAUUGCUCAAGGUAAUAGAAAAUUACGAGAAUUUCACUUUGUUGAUUGCAAGUAUGAAACCGAAUAUGGAAUUUUGAAUUUUGUUAGAUGUUGUAAUACCCUGGAGGUGUUAAACUUGUAUGGGACCCAAAUUACUAAUAAAGAAUUUGUUCAGAGAUUGAACGGUAUUAUAAAUGGCAGAAUGAAUCACAAACCGAUAAAAGUAUAUUUUGGAGGAAAAACUUUAUGUAAGAGUAUAUUUAAUGAUAUCCAAGACUUGUCACCUUUGUUUCAAUAUACAUUAGAUGAGUUUAUUAAGCCUGAAGUUUCCUACAAAGGAUUUUGUAUUGAAAUGGAUCCAAAUUUGUAUUAA